CGGCUUCCGGUGCCCUUCGCGUGCGGGGCGCGCGGCGCGGCCAUGGCGCAGAACCUGAAGGACCUGGCGGGGCGGCUGCCCGCGGGGCCGCGCGGCGCCGGCACCGCGCUCAAGCUGCUGCUGGGCGCCGGCGCGCUGGCCUACGGCGUGCGCGAGUCCCUCUUCAUCGUGGAGGGCGGCCAGCGCGCCAUCUUCUUCAACCGCAUCGGCGGCGUGCAGCAGGACACCAUCCUCGCCGAGGGGCUGCACUUCAGGAUCCCCUGGUUCCAGUACCCCGUCAUCUACGACAUCCGCGCCCGCCCGCGCAAGAUCUCCUCGCCCACGGGCUCCAAAGACCUGCAGAUGGUGAACAUCUCGCUGCGCGUGCUCACGCGCCCCAACGCCGCCGAGCUGCCCUCCAUGUACCAGCGCCUCGGCCUCGACUACGAGGAGCGCGUGCUGCCCUCCAUCGUCAACGAGGUGCUCAAGAGCGUCGUGGCCAAGUUCAACGCCUCGCAGCUCAUCACCCAGAGAGCCCAGGUGUCGCUGCUCAUCCGGCGAGAGCUGACGGAGAGAGCCAAGGAUUUCAGCCUCAUCCUGGACGAUGUGGCCAUCACGGAGCUGAGCUUCAGCCGGGAAUACACAGCGGCCGUGGAAGCCAAGCAAGUGGCCCAGCAGGAGGCUCAACGCGCCCAGUUCCUGGUGGAGAAAGCAAAGCAGGAGCAGAAGCAGAAGAUUGUUCAGGCUGAAGGGGAAGCUACGGCUGCCAAGAUGCUCGGUGAAGCCCUGAGCAGGAACCCAGGCUACAUCAAGCUACGGAAAAUCCGCGCUGCUCAGAACAUUUCCAAAACGAUUGCAGCCUCACAGAACCGUGUGUAUCUUACAGCAGAUAACCUGGUGCUGAACCUGCAGGACGAGGGCUUUACCAGAGGAAGUGACAGCCUCCUACUCAAACAAGGGAAGAAAUGAAGAAUUAAAGUUUUCCAGGACCACUGGCACUGACCAGCAGAAGAUGCCUGUGAGGAACUUAGAAUUGCCUCCACUAGCAUCAUUUGCCCUCAUUUUGGAAUUCUCAGUCUAGCAGCCAGCUUUGGUUCUCCUGCCCCAGCUCCAGCUGUGGUGACCUAGGUGUGAGUUUGGGUUUUACCGCGGAGCAGCUGUAAUCCCUUCCCUAACCCACCAGUUACAUUUACUUACUGGUGAGAGCUCAUGUGGAUCUAGUAAUUCCCCUCUAAUAAAUUUCACUGAUGUCUGGAUUUCUAUACAGUAGCCCCAGACCUUUUUUUCCCCUUGCCCUAAGUUGUUGAGU